UGAGGACCCAACCCAACCCAACCGGAAGACAACAGAUUUUUUUCUCCAUCCCCCUGAUACGAUGCACUUCUGAGAUUGAGCACUGAUAUUAUUAACUACAUUAAUAAAAUGCCCUUAUUUGAUGGGUUGGGAAGUGGAGGAGAGAAGACUGCGAUCGUUAUUGACUUAGGAGCAGCAUUCACAAAAUGUGGCUUUGCAGGGGAAACGGGGCCCAGGUUCAUAAUUCCGAGCGAGAUCCGGAAACCGGGGCAGCAGCAGGCCACCAAAGUGGUUCAGUACAACAUCAACACAGAAGAGCUUUAUGUCAUCCUCAAAGAGUUUAUCCAUUUACUGUACUUCAGGCACCUGCUGGUGAAUCCUCGAGACAGAAGAGUGGUCAUCAUCGAGUCCAUCCUCUGCCCGUCUCACUUCAGGGAGACGCUCACCAAGGUUUUCUUCAAACAGUUUGAGGUGCCCUCUAUACUGUUUGCCCCAAGUCACCUCAUGGCCAUCAUGACUUUGGGCAUCAACUCUGCUCUGGUGAUGGACUGUGGCUACACAGAGACACUGGUCCUGCCUGUUUAUGAGUGCACUCCUAUCCUGCCAGCCUGGGAGGCUUUGCCUUUGGGAGGGAAAGCCAUUCAUAAAGAAUUAGAUGGACAUCUUGUGGAGCAGUGCACCGUGGACACGGACACCACCACCGGGCAGAGUGUUCCAGCUGUCAUUGGGACCAUCCCCGAGGAGAUCGUGGAGGAUAUCAAGGUCAGAACAUGUUUUGUCAGUGACCUGCAGAGAGGCCUCAAGAUCCAGGAAGCCAAAUUUAACCUGGAUGGUACAGCUGAGCGUCCAGACCCUCCUCCAGAUGUUGCUUACCCUCUGGAUGGUGAGAAAAUCCUGCACGUCAAAGGAUCAAUCAGGGACUCUGUGAUGGAGAUCCUGUUUGAACAGGACAAUGAGGAGAAGAGUGUUGCCUCUCUGAUACUUGAUGCUCUCGUCAAGUGCCCCAUUGACACACGUAAGGUGCUCUCAGAGAACCUGGUGGUGAUCGGAGGCACGGCCAUGCUGCCGGGUUUCCUGCACCGUCUGCUGGCAGAAGUACGGCUCCUGGUGGAGAAACCCAAGUACAGCGUGCUGGCCAGCAAGAGCUUGCGUAUACACGCUCCACCUGCCAAGCCCAACUGCACCGCCUGGCUCGGAGGUGCCAUCUUCGGGGCGCUGCAGGACAUCCUGGGCAGCAGGUCAGUGUCACGAGACUACUACAACCAGACAGGCCGCAUCCCAGACUGGUGCUGCUUGAGCACCCCUCCUCCUGAGUCUCUCUACGAAGCAGGAAAGACGCCUCCUCCGCUGAUGAAGAGAGCCUUCUCCACAGAGAAGUAGAUCGUGCUGUAACAUAAGUCAAAUAAUGUACUCUCCUUAACUCUACGUGAUAGAACAGUUCCGAUAUCUUAAAUGUAACAUCUCAACACAAGUCUUGUUCAUGUGUUUAUUACACAAACAGCUCUAGAUGUUUGUAAUGUCUGGUGGUUACGCUACGUUUUUGUAUGGACCGACUGUGGACUGUUUGAUGAUCAGGUGAGCUGGUUUCUGACCUCACCAGACAGAACAGAUAGUGGGCGUUUUAAUUGAUAUUCCACAAGGAUUACAGUGUUGAGUUUCAAAUGGGUCCUGAGCUACAUGCAGCUGUGCUUUGGUUUCAUUUGAAUUCAAAUUAGAAGGGUUUCCAUCCAACUCUUCUUAUGCACAUUUUUAAUUUGGGCAAAAAAAUCCUGAGUGCUUAAAAUGGAAAAAAAGGAACUCAAAAAAUUGCAAAGUGCAAGAGACACACAUACAUUAAUAAAUGAUGGGGUACAAUCAUGACGUACUGUCAUUGCAUAGGCCCCUGCAAGCUCUCUUCAUUAUCUCUGGAUGGCGAGUAACACACACAUGUUGGUACACAAGGCUGUUACCAGAACUCCUCCAAGAGCACAGGGCUGUAAUAUCAGUUGUUCAAGACAUUGUCGGAACAUUGUCCAGUGUCCAUUGUUUUCCUUCAGUUGAGGUUUAUCUGGCACUUUUGUAAUUACAUCAUCUCCUUACACCCUCCUCUUCUGCAGUGGCACCUGACUGAAGAAUUAGCGCCACCUACUGCUUAUCUCGAUGAAUCAACUCCCAAUAUUCACACAUAAAUUUGCAUUUUCUUUUGUCAAUUCUUUGAAAAUUUGGUUAAAAUUGUGCUGCGUUUAGAUGGAAAUCCAACUAUCAAGCAAGACUGAACCUGCAUGUGCACCCUUGAACUCUCACUCUGGAUUUUCUUGGCAGUUAAACUGAAAAACACGUCACAUUCAGCAGAAAUUAUUCAAAUCCUCACCAAGUUAAGCUUCAGUCCUCGUUUGUCAGCAAAACUGCAGAAAAAGUUGCUGAACUUUGGAGAAAGCAGACGUUCAGUCAUUCCAAGGUGAUUCAUGAUAAAGUGUGAAGGUCUGACUGGGUUGUUUUUUUGCUCACCACAGAAAAAGUCCACCCAAAAAAGAAAGUUUCACUUAUUUAUUAUUUGGAUCUCGAUGUGUAAAGUGGUUGUUGAACUUAAUAAAGGCCCUGUACACUCA